ACUAGAAGAUUACGAGAUACAUGACGGUAUGAAUCUGGAGCUGUAUUAUCAGUAAUAAUAUCAAGUGAACUAAGUGAUAAAGUUGUAAACAAAGAAAACAAUAAUCAAUCAGAUUUUCUUUCUCUCCUUUCAAUCCAUUUUCAGAAUAUUUGGUUUUAAAUCUGAACUAGUAAAUAGAGAAGGUGAACUUAAAACAAAUCCUUAACUGUGAGUUGACGUUGAUCCUAAGUUGAUUUAAGCUUAACUUAACUUAACUAGCUGAGCUUUAGUUUAUCAAGUUCCGUCUGCUUAAAGUAAACCUCAAGUGAAAAGUUAAAAUUCUGGUGAAUUCCUCUCAUUUGUUUGGAUGAAAAUAGAACUUGGAGUUGGAAACUGGUUGAUCCAGAACUGAACCUUGAAAUCCUGGUAAUCUUAAACUUUGAGCUAAAGCCUGCUAAUCUUGAACCCUGGAGAAUGGUUUUCUCUGGUUUGGUUGAACUGUGUCUCCGAGUAGUGGUUGGAGCUCAGAAACUACAUGAUCCUCAAUCCUUUAAAUAUCUACCCCGCCAUCUUAAGGACUAUAUUCGUGAAGUUGUGUUAAAAAGAUACAGUGUUACUCCCGCUAUUUUAGAAUCAUUAUUGCAUAACAGUGUUCGUGAGAUCAACAUGGAGAAUCAAGAAGAAUUAACCAAUGAACUUGUGACUAUGCUAGCCCAAAUUAAAACAUUCAGGAAAAUUAACUUUAACCGGAUUGCCCAUAUUGAUAAAAGAACUCACCCCUCUAUGCUUGAGAACCCUGAACCAAUCCCCUCGACUGUGUCUGCAGAGAGUCUUAUUCGGUUAAUAUCAGGACAAAGAUAUCUCACCUCUCUCUUUCUCAGAGGUUUGUCUGGUUUGAGUGUUGAGCUGUUUACCUGUAUAUCCAGUAGCUGUCUUCACCUGGCAAAUAUUGAUGUUGGACACUGCCCUGGUCUUGAAGACCAGCAUGUUCUUCAGCUUAGGGACUCUUGUAGGAUUGAAUCCUUGAGUUUGGCAGGACUAGAUAUAACAGAUAGUGCACUUCAUGAGUUAGCUAGGAGUGGGAGUAAGGAUACUAUAAAAGAACUGAGAAUAGAUGGAUGUAAGCACAUUACAGAUCUGGGUAUUCAGUUUCUUCUUGAUGGACUCGGUGCUCUUGAGAUUCUCAUAUUUCAUGGUUGUCCUCAGGUUACCAAUAACUCGAGAGUUUCGCUUCAAGUUUAUUUAUCAACACAUAGAAGAAAUGUUCGUCAGCUCACAUGGACUGUCUAUUAAUGUUCGUUAACUCACAUGGACUAUCUGCUGAUGUACGUCAACUCACAUGGACUUUACUAAUGUUCGUUAACUCACGUGGACUGUCUACUAAUGUGCGUUAACUAACAUGGACUAUCUACUGUUUUUCGUUAACUCACAUGAACUGUCCACAAAUGUUCGUAAACUGGCAUGGACUGUAUACUAAUGUUCGUUCACUCACAUGGACUGUCUUCUAAUGUUUGUUAACUUCAUACAUUGUUUUGUGUCGUCGAAUGAUUGUCACUUAAGACUCGCAUCGCAAUUUCUGAGACUUGAAGAAUGUGUGCAAAUAUUUAAACCAAUUUGGACUAUUUUUACCAUUUUCGCAUUCAGUUUUCACCAAUCAUUCGUCUUAAACUCGCAUCAGAUUUUUUUGUAUUCACAUUUUAAUAUUUCUAGAACCGUUCAGAUUUAUUUACAAAAUGCUUUAAAAAGUUUUUUAUUUGUUUUAAAAUGUUCUUUAAUUACAAUCCAAACCAAAUAUUCUGUCAAGCAUUGAAAAAGAUUGGAACAUGUUUAAUAUUGAAACUAACUAUCUUUGUAAUAUUUGUUACCCAACUGCAUUUUUGUUUUCAGAA